AUGAGAGGAAUUGAAGAUUUUUCUUUUAUAAAAGCAAUUGAAUUGAAAAACUUGUUGUUGUAUGGCUUUAUACCGCAUUUUAUACAUUAUUUAACAAUUGAUCAAUUAUGUUUUUUAUCACUAUUAGUUAUUGGUAUUCGUCUUCUUCAUGCCGACAAUGUUUUUAAACCUAUCACAAGUGCCACAGCAAACAAUUUACUUUGUCGAUAUUAUGCUGAUCAUCAUAUAUAUUUUUUUCAUCAUGCAAAUCUCGUUUUACAUUUACAUCAACAUUUUCAGGACAUUUAUAAAUGUCAUGGUCCUUUGUCAUCGGUCAAUACUUUUGCUCAAGAAGAUUUUAUAGGAUACAUUUCGAAAAAUAAAAAUGGAACCACGUCCUUUCACAAUUUAUUAUCGUAUUACUAUAAUAUUGAUAUCUUAUUAACAAAUUUUAAUGAAAAAAAAAAGUGUGCGGUUGAUGGUCCAUUAGAUUUAUUUUCACUGGCAUACAAUCAUCCAUUAUUUGGUGAAUUAUUUGAUUAUCAUCAGCAAAUGUGUAAUUGUAAUAAUUACAAUAUGUGUAUUAAAACAUAUCGUCGAUGUCGUGUAUUAAAACAAAUAUUUCACUCUCUCCAGUAUACAAAACGUAAAAAUACAAUUAGUUACUUCGUACAAUAUCUCUUCCUCUCUGAUCAAACUGAAUUUGGUACAAUUAAAAUAUUUUUUCAACAUCAUGGACAAACAUUUGCUUUGAUUCAAAAUUUUCAAGUGAUCAAUGCAUUUAGUGAUUAUUUAAAGGAAAGUCGUUAUUAUGAUUUACUUAAACAGCCAAUAGAUAGUUUUUAUUUUGUUUUAAAGAAAACAAAUAUUAAUCGAAUUGUUUCAGUUGAAAAAAUUAAAAAGCAUUUGAUAAUAUUUGAAGAUGCUUUAGGAAAAUCACAUGUUCUUACUACUCCCGUUUCUUCGAUGACUGAACAUGAUUGA